GAAGCUGCGGCUACUGCGACAGCGCAUCUAAAAAGUCCUGGUGGCAGUGGCAAUGCCGGCGUCUCAGCAGCUGGCAGCAUAAUGAGCUCACCGAUCAAUCAUCACUCACAUCCACAUCCACAUCAGCAUCAUCACUACAACAACACAUCCGCCUCGUAUUCAUCACCCGCCCACUCGCAUACGAUAGCAGCAGCAGCGGCGGCAGCCGCAGCAGCAGCAGCAGCGGCGUCUAUUACGACGGCCAUGCACCGGAGUGUUGCGUAUGCGGGCAGUGCUGCGGAUGAAGCGGCAGCAACAACCACUUUAAAUUCUGCCCGCAAAAUUCACCUGCACCACAACAACAAUAACAACAGCAGCAGCGGCAGUGGCAGCAGCAGCAGAAGUCCCGCUGCUGGUGGUGUCAGCAAACUAAAUAAGCUGCUCAAAACGGCGGCAACAGCGCGCUGCGGCUCAGAGUCGCCUUUGAGUGGUGCAGCCGCAGCAGCAGCAGCAGCAGCAACAGCAGCGACGACAAGUACAAUCACAAACAAUAGUUUUAGUAGUAAUAGUUUAAAUAAUACAAUAAACACGGCCACUCCAACGAUGCCAAUUGCAACAGCAGCAACAGCAGCAACAUCUUCUAGUGGCAACAGCAACAGCAACAGUGGCGACAUUUUAAAUGUUGCCGCUGCUGCACUGGCCGCCGUCGUGGACAAUGGCAAUGCGACAACACAAAAUGCGAACGAUGGUCGAGCACCGCGACAUCAUUUGCAUGGACGUAGCACAACGUCGUCCAGUCGUUCCCAUUCACGUUCGCCGAGCAGCUAUAGCAGCUCGCACAGCUCAUCAUCGGCCUCAUCGCACACAUCGUCGCAUUCGCACGCGUCCAGCCCGAUAUCGGGCAAUUGUGCCGAUGCAAUCGUUGGUGUCGGUGGCUUUGCAACAGCAACGCAUCGCAGUUCACGCAAUUUGCAGUCCUGUGUGACAGUUGGCAGCAACUCUUCAAAUCCCAGUGGCAAUGCAGGCGGCGGCGGUGGCGGUGGCUGUGGCUCCAGCAGCAGCAGCAGCAGCAGUUCUAGUAGCAGCAGCAGCUCCUGUUUGACCGCCAAUCCGGUGGUUCAUUCCGAAGAUAAUCGUCCGUUGGCGAUACGCGUUCGUAACCUGCCCGCCCGUUCCUCGGACACAUCCCUUAAGGAUGGUCUCUUUCACGAGUACAAAAAGCAUGGCAAAGUCACGUGGGUCAAGGUCGUGGGACAAAAUUCGGAACGUUAUGCGCUCGUCUGCUUUAAGAAACCGGACGAUGUGGAAAAGGCACUCGAAGUGUCCCAUGAUAAACAUUUCUUUGGCUGUAAAAUUGAAGUGGAACCGUAUCAGGGCUACGAUGUGGAGGACAAUGAGUUUCGUCCCUAUGAAGCUGAACUGGAUGAAUAUCAUCCGAAAUCCACACGAACGCUAUUCAUUGGCAAUCUGGAAAAGGAUAUUACAGCCAGUGAGCUGCGUGUACAUUUCGAAAGCUUUGGCGAGAUCAUCGAGAUCGACAUCAAGAAGCAAGGACUCAAUGCCUAUGCCUUCUGUCAGUAUUCGGAUAUCGUAUCUGUGGUGAAGGCAAUGCGUAAAAUGGAUGGCGAGCAUUUGGGCAGCAAUCGGAUCAAGCUUGGCUUUGGCAAAUCGAUGCCAACGAAUUGCGUAUGGAUCGAUGGCGUCGGCGAGAAGGUGUCCGAGUCGUUUUUGCAAUCGCAAUUCACGCGCUUCGGCACUGUUACCAAGGUCAGCAUCGAUCGUAUACGACAAUUGGCUUUGGUGCUGUACGAUCAGGUGCAGAAUGCUCAAGCCGCUGUCAAGGAUAUGCGUGGCACGAUAAUGCGUGGACGGAAGCUUCAAGUAGACUUUGCAUCGCGUGAAUGCCAGGAUGCGUUCUAUGACAAGCAGGAGAAGCAGCAGCAACAGCAGCAGCAGCAGCAGCAACAACAGCAGCAGCAGCAGCAACAACAGCCACAGCAGCAGCAGCAGCAGCCGCUACAACCUCAAACGCAGCAACAACAACAGACGCAGCAGCCCAAUGCGGCCUCUGCCUCCUCGCGCUUUAAUCGCUACGAGUCAUCACAGUCACGUUCGCGCGCCUCCUCCUUCAGUCGGCAUCAGAACUCGAACGAUGGCUGCUCCCCGGGCAGCAAUACGCCGGGCGGCAGCACUGCCACCACCAGCGGCAGCAACAGCAGCAACAUCUCGGCCAGCAAUGCAAUGCCAGCGCCCAGUCUUGCCUCGGCGGUGGUGAGCAGCAACAGUGGAGGAGCAACCACAGCGUUGCCCUCGGCUGUGGGUUGCUCACAGAAUGCUAUGCCCAUGUCGCCGGCGGCGAUGGUGCAGGCGCGUAUGCGUAUGGCGCGCAAUGCUAGGCACACCAUUGACUUUGAUUUCAACGAUGUGGGUCGACGGUUUCGCAACUUUGACGAACACUCGGGCAACAACAACGGCGCCAGUGGGAACAAUCAGUUGCAGGACGAGGAUGCGAGCGUGGCUGUACGCUCCGAUUCGCCUGUUAUUGCACGACUCGGACCCGCUGUCAAUAGCAGCGCCAGUGGGAGUGGGAGUGGGAGUGGGAGUGGCAAUCCAAUCAGCGAUACGCUCGAGGUGACGCUGAACAACAGCGGCAACAACAGUCGUCGGCGUUGUGAACAACAACAAGCUGACGAAUGCCCGUCCAGUGGUGAUGAGGGCGUGGUCAGUCCGCGCAAGCGCAUCAAAAUGGAUUACCAUCAUCAUCAUCAUUCCAAUGCCAGUGCGAUGCUGGAUCAGAAUAGCGACUCAUUGGCGUCUGGUCAUAGCAACAACAACAACAACAAGCCCAGUCCGCUGUCCAACUGUGAUGUAAUACAUGAUCCUCUAAAUCGCAAAAGCGAAAUUCGCCGCGUCUCCGAGGCGAAUAAGUUUGCAGCGAUUGCACCACCGCCCACACAACACCACAACAUGAUGCUCAGCAGUCGACGGCCAUCGAUUGAUGUUGGCGCCUUGUCAGCGCUGUCGAACUCAUCGGCCUUUCGCCAUGGCCUGGUCGGCGCCAGCAGCAUGGAUCAGCAGCAUCUGAUGAAUGCAUCGCUGGCAGCGAAACGACGUCGCGUUACAGCUAGCACGCUGCAGCUAUCACAGCCGCAGCCGCUGCAACCGCAGCAGUCGUCAUCGUCGUCGUCGUCGUCGUCGAUGUUGUUGUCGUCCUCAUCCUCCUCCGCCGCCAACACCAACAGCAGCAGCAACAGCUCUGGAUUGCCAACUCCGACGCUGGCAGCGCCUAUGCCCAAUGAUGAUUAUCAUCAUCAUGCGUCGCGUGGACGUGGCCAUCAGCUACAUUCCCAUCACUCACACGAAGCGAGCGGCGGUGAGAGCGCCGAUGGCUCACGGCCGGGCACGCCGCUGUGCGAUGAACGGCCAGAGGUGCUGCCCACAGAGCCGCGUCGUCUGCCGCCGCCCAGGGAACGGACACGAGAGCGUGUGCGCGAAAUAAUGUGGCUGCCAUUGCCCAAAUUUGGUGUGCUCUUCUUUCAACAGCAGCGGAAUGUGUGCAGCAGUGGCAGUGGCACAGGCAGCGGCGUGUCCAGCUAUCUGCAGCAGCUGACGACGACAGCAUCGUUGCUCAACAACAACUCUAGUCUAAGUGCAGGAGCUGCUACGACAUCCUCAGCAUCAUCAUCGUCAGCGACUGCGUCCAGCUUAUCGUUUCUGCCCUCUCCCACGUUACGUUAUUGGCGCUCCUCCAAUCAUCAUCAUCACCAGCACCACCAUCACCAUCAGCAGCAGCAGCAGCAACAGCAGCAGCAGCAGCAACAACAGCAGCAGCAGCAGCAGCAACAAAUGCAACAGCAACAGCUGCAACAAUCCUCGUCAUCCUCCUCAUCUAUUGGCCUGAUGGCCAGUCCGGCACGUCCUCGCUCGCUGAGCUCCAAUUCAAGCGAUUCGGAUGUACCCAGUGGCCAGACAGGCGGCAGCCCGUCGUUAGAUGAGCGGCUGCGCAACUUUGAGGAGAACUACGAGCGCUGGUCCGGUGGCAGCAGCAGCACCAAUCCCAACCAUGGCCAUGGCAGUCAUGGCCAUAGCAACAGCAGCCAGUCGAACACGAUGCCCUCGUGGCAACUGUCGAUGCAUUCGACGAACUACAGCGGUCUCAGCUCGUCGCAUCAGGGUGGUUCCGGCAACAGCAACAGCUCCAGCGGCACUGUCUCCAGUUCGACGAGCAACUCGCGUCAUAAGUUUCUUGACAUUGACGAGCUGCAGCCGUCGGAUAUCGUCAAAUCGCUGUUGGCCAAGAAGUCCGUCUUCGACGAUGACUUUCAGCGUCUCAAGAAGAACCAAUGGUACGAGCCGGCAAGCACUGAUUUUGGCACAGGCUCCACAACCUCAGCGAACGCCCGACACGGUGGCCUUUGCAGUGGCAAUACGUCUCCAGCUUUGCCCAAUCUGGCGGCCACUAAGACGACGCCCAUCAUAGCCAACUGCAGCAGCAGCAGCAGUAAUCUAGGCGGCAACAGCACCAGCAGUAGCAGCUGCAAGACGAGCGGUCUGCUGCAGCGUUUAAGCAGUUUGUCGCCCAUGAACUCGCCGCAAGCUUCGAUGUCGCCCUACAACAGUCCGUCGCCGUCGCCCUCUGUCGUUGCAGUUCAGUUGGCCAAGCCCAGCUUAAGCAGCAGCUGCAACACCAGCAGUGCAACAGCAGCAGCAGCAACCACUGCAGCAGCAACAGCAACGGCAGCAGCAGCGGCAGCAACAGCCGCUGCCACCAAGGGUUUGCAGUAUCCAUUUCCCAGUCACCCGCCAUUACCAAAUACCGCUGCACCGCCGCCGGCGAUACAGCCAGCGCCGCCACCGCCACCAGAGGUGCCCAAAGCAAAGCCAACCACCUCCUCUGCGGCCAAUCAACAGCUCAGCAAGAGCCUCAGUGUGCCAGCGGCAACGACAGAGGCGCGAUCUGUGCUGCAGAAGUCCGCCUCGGUGCCGGGCAGCACGAAUGUGGGCACGACUGGGAGCAGCAGCAGUAGCGGCGGCAGUGCAUCCUCCAACGGUAACAGUUCCUCAACAGCAACAGCCACACACGUACAAAAGCAAACGCCAAACAAUUCACUGGAUGAAGUGGAGUCCAAGGGCAAUGCCAAGAGCUCCAGCUCUAGUGCAGCAACAGCCUCGAGCUCCUCUGCGUCCAAGAAGAGCAGCAGCAGCGACAAGUCGCAUAGCAGCAAACACAAUAAUCGUUCCGAUUCGGAAAAGAAGUCCAAGAAGUCCUCCUCCUCCUCAUCCUCCUCAAAUACAACUAGCUCCGAGAAGCGUAAAAACUCGGCAACCUCGCAAUCCUCCAAGUCGGCAACGCCCAAAGUGGAGGAUGACACCAGCGAGUCAGAUGAGCCAGCUGAGAAGCCGGACAAGGAGCAGCCGCAGCCGCAGCCGCAGCAGCGUCUGGAGCGCGACAAGGAGAAGGAAAGGGAGAAAGCGCAGCAUAAGGAGAGGCAGGAGCGUGAUAAACGUGAGAAGGAACUGCGCAAGCAACAAGAGCGCGAAGAAAAGGAACGCAAAGCGCAAGAGGAACGAGAGCGCGAAGAGCGCAAGGCCAAAGAAGAAAAGGAAAAGGAGCGGGAGCGCGAACGUGAAAAGGAACGUGAGCGUGAGCGUGAGCGUGAAAGAAAAGCGCAAGAGGAGCGUGAGCAAAAGGAGCGCGAGGAGCGUGAGCGCGAGCAACGCGACAAGGAGCAGCGCGACAAGGAGCAACGCGACAAGGAGCAACGCGAGCAGGAGGCGCGUCAUUCACGCAUGCGCGACAUGUGCGCCUAUCACAAAAACAAGUCUGAGGCCAGUUCCGAGGCGAGCAGCUUCUACGCCCUCAAUGCAGCCACGCCCAGUGAGAACAAUAAGGAAAAUGCGGCUGCCACAGAUACAGCAACAACAGCAGCAGCAGCAGCAUCAACUGUUGCUGGCACAGUGGCAGCUGAAAGCAACAGCAACAAGGAUCGCUCACGCAAAUCGUCACGCAACUCGCCGGUGCCCAGCAGCGGACGCCAGCACAAGCGACGCCUCAGCUCGCAGGACAGCAACCACAGCAGCGGCGUCGGUGGUGCUGGACAGAAUCACGAGGAUUAUGUGAAGCGCAUACGCAUGGAGAACCCGAACAGCAAUACGAGCAAUCAGCAUCAGCGCCUCAGCGAUCGUCGCGACUCGAAGGAGCACAAAAGCAGCAGCAGCAGCGGCGGCUGCAAGGACGACAAGAACAGUUCGUCCAAGUCGCAUGGCAAUAGCAGCAGCAACAGCAGCUCCAAGCAUCAUCGCCGUGACAAGCAUCACAGCAAAAGCGCCAGCAGUAGCGAGAUCAACAAUACCGAAUUGGAUACCAAGCAGCAGCAGCAGCAGCAGCAACAGCAACAGUUGCACACGCUCAACACCAGCGAAGAGGAGCAACAGCAGAGCUCGCAGUCGCAGCAGCAGCAACAACAGCAGUCGCAGCAAGCGCAGCAACAGUCGCUGCAUAAGCAGCAACGUGAACAUCAUCACCAUGGCAGCUCCUCGUCCUCGUCGCGGCACAAAAGCAAACGUGAUCAUCAUCAUCAUCGCGAGAAGAAGCGGCAUUCGGUAGCCGAGUCCACCAAUACGGACGAGGAGCCCACGCACAAUCCGCACAGACGCAUCUCAGCAGCUGGCAGCUCUGCAGGCGAGCUCAGCUCGAACACAAAUACGCCCAGCAGCAAGUUGCAGCAACACCAUCAGCAGCAGCAGCAGCAACAGCAUCAACAACAACAACAACCGCAGCAGCAGCAAUCGCAUCAUCAUCAUCAUCAUCGUCGCAGCGUGGACCGCAAAUCGUCACGUGGCUCGGAUGAAGGCGGCGCCUCCUCGAAGAGCGCCUCGCAGCCACGCAAGAUGAUGCUCAGCUCAGCCGACUCGGAUGACACAGAUGAUGCGUCCAAGAAGCAUUCCAUCUUCGAUAUACCCGACGACUGCCCCAAUGUGUCCAUGUACGAUAAAGUGAAAGCACGCAGCUGCAAAAAUAUGCAGCGCCAAGCCGAGGAGAAGAAGAUCAAGGCCAAGUUCUCGCAGCUGAAGCAGUCGCGCGCCAAAAAGAAGCGCUCCACCAGCUACGACGGCGACAGCGACACUGAGUUCGAGGAUCGAAUGCAUCAUCGGAACAGCGGCAGCAGCAGCUUCCAUGGACGCAAUCAUGGUGGUCUGAGCAGCAGCGAUGAUGAUAUGGACGAUGCUGAUGGCUUUCGCAAAAUGUUGCACAGUCGCAUCUUCUCCGAUUCGGAUGCAGAUGGCGAAGUGGAUGCGGAGACUGAAGAUCUCAAUGCCAGUCGCAUGCGCCAGCAAAUGCAACAGAAUCUACGCCGUCUGUGCGAUGGCGAUGAUAGCUCCGAGGAUGAGAUUCGUCGCAAUGUGAUCAGCCAAGCGGGCAAACGGAAUUGCCAUUCGACGCGCAUUGCCUCCGAUUCGGAAUCGCAAUCGCAGCCAGCACCGGAACUGAUCAACAGCAACAUCAAACAGGAGCCAGACAUCAAGCAGGAGCAGAUCUCCGACAAUGAAAUAAAGUAUUCCAAAUCGCGUCACAACUCGCACUCCUCCAACGAGGAGCGCAAGAUAAAGACAGACUUCAAGAAGGAGUAUAACGAGUACUUCAAUACCAGCUACACGAACUAUGUGGGCGACAGCAGCUCGGCCAAGAUCAAGGAGUACUCCCCGGAGACGCGCAAGAAGCACAAGAAGAGCAAGAAGCGCCUCAAAUCCUCAGCCGAGAGUAGCUCCACAACUGUGGCGCCUGCGCCUGCCCCAACAAGCAGCAUUUUCGAUGUGACCGAUUGCAAACCCAAUAAAUUCGAUAGCUUCGACGAGUUGAAGACGGAACCGGCGACAAUCGCGACUGCUCUGGAGGCAAAUACAACCUCGGUGGCAGCCAGCGAGAGACGUAAGCACAAGGAGCGCAAGGAGAAGAAACGCGAGAAGUUGCGCAACAUGAGCGAUACCAAUGCUGGCGGCUCUGUGGAGCAACUGAGCGAAAAGCUGUCCAAGGAGGAGCGACAUCGACUGAAAAAGUCGAAGAAGUCCAAGAGUUUGGACACCUCUGCUCGCUUGUACAAUGUCAAUGCCUCCAAUGCCUCACCACCGACACCCACCACAGUGAGCACACCGGCCCGAGACUCUGCCAAACGCAGUGAGGACAAAAUGGAGGAUAUCUUUGGUAUUAUCUCCGAUGAGGAAGAGGAAGAGGAGGAAUCCCAGCUGACCGACGAGCAGCCCGACACGGCCAAAGCACAGCUCUCCACCACAGGACCCAUGGUGUCUGCUGCGCUGCAAACCUACAAGCAGGAGCCACCAAUCCUCAGCCUCAACAGCAGCAGCAAGGAGCCGGCAACACAGCAGCAGCAACAGCAACAGCAGCUGCAACAGUUGCAGCAUGAGGAGCUGGAAGUGGAGCGUAGUGAGCGCGAGCGACAUCGCAAAGAGAAACGCGAAAAAAAGCGACGCGAAAAGUCAGCGCGCGAACCAAAGCAGCAACAGCAGCAGCAGCAGCAGCAGCAACAACAACAGCAGCAGCAGCAGCAGCAACAACAACAUCAACAGCAGCAACAAAGUGCCAGCAAACUGGACGACGACAACAGCGUCGAUAUGGAUGAGGCGGGACGUGCGCUGGAGGCGCAGCUUAUGGACGACUUUGAUAGCAAUAAGCUGCCUGAAGAUGCCACGCCAUCCACAGCAACCACCUAUCGCAGCGAUAUGACGGAUGUUUUCCGUUUCUCGGAUAACGAGGACAAUAAUUCUGUCGAGCAGCAGCAACAACAACAGUUGCAGCUGCAGUCGCACGCUAGCGAUAAGCAGUUGGAGUCCAAGGAAUCUGUGCACAAGAGCAAGGACAAGAAGAAAAAGAAGAAACGCUCCAAGGAGGAGAAACAAGAGAAGCUCGAUAAACAGCAGCAACAGCAGCAGCAACAAUUGCAGCUGCGUCGUGAAUCAGCUUGCUUACCGCCAGCAACAGUUGCUGCUCCAACAGCCGCUACCGGCUCUUCAGUUAGCUCGCUGACUAUCAAUGUGCAGGCCGCCACGAAGCAUGCCGAGGAGCAGCUGGAGAAGGAGUCGAAACACAGUUCUCCGCUGUGCAAGCCAUCGCCCAGUUUGCCGUGCCUCAUUGGCGACGAUGAUGAUGAGGAGCCACCAAUACCGAUGCCUGUCGUCAAGCCGUCGUCAGCUAGCAGCAGCAACGGCAACAGCAACCGCUUGAACUCCUCGGAUACUCUCUCCCCAGCGCGUGAAAAGCCGCGUUUGAUCAGUCCCAUACCAAAGACGCCCACCAUCAGCCAGAGCAACACUUCCAUGUUGUCCACACAGUCGGCGGAAACGCCUGUCAGCAGUGGCGCAGCUCCUCUGGUCACCACACCCACAUCCUCAACAGCAGCUGCUGCUGCUGUGGAGUCGAAGAACGCCGUAGAGAGCAGCUCACCCACCAGUGCAGCAUUGAACAAGAAGAAGGAGAUGUUCAUACCCGGCUUCGAUGGGCAACUGGACUACAAGAUCAGCGAAUCGGCGGUGCAAUCCAUUUCGGCAGAGUUGAAUAGUGCAUUGCUCGAUGUGCUGGCCAAUGAGCCUAAGAUACCAGUGGCUUCGCCACCUGGAGCCAUCAAAACGCUGGACAAGCUUGAGGAUAGCAAGUCCCGAGUUACCAUCUCACAGGAGGAGACUGAGAGCGCUGUAUCCGCGCUGCUCGGCGAAAGCUUUGGCACAUCCUCAACGGCGGACUACUCGCUGGAUGGUAUGGAUGACAUGACAGCAACGGUUACGGAAGUGGUGGUGGCCGAACCCGAUGAGGAGGCGGCACUCGCGGCCAAGGCAAUUGAGGCAGCUGUCGAAGAGGUUGCCACAGAACCGGAACCCGAUCCGGAGCCUGAACCAGAGCCAGUGGUCGUCUCUGUGGGCGUAGUGCUCGAUGCCGAAGAAGUGAACAAAGCUGUGCAGAGCUUACGUAAUGAGGACAUGGACAUCAAGGCGGACACGCCACAAUCCGAACGCGAUCUGCAAAUCGACACAGACACCGAGGAGAAUGCCGACGAGGCGGACAGCAGCGGGCCCAGUCUCAAGAUUGAUGAGACAGCGCCACAGAACAGUGGCUCCGAUAAGUCAGCGUCAAGUGGUGCUGACAAGUCGCCUGAGCUGAGCAGCGAGUCCACUGCACGCUCCAGGCCGACAGUCGAAACUCCGCAGCCCACCGUCAUAACCAAACUGCCGAUUACAGUGCCUGUACCGCCAGCAGUUGCAGCAGCACUCCUUCCCAAUGCCAGCAACAGCAACAGCAGCAGCGGCACUAGCAACACCCCAACCAAGUCGAAUGCACAGCAAUUGCUGAAGAUAGAGCCGCCCACCAUAAGCAAGCUGCAACAGCCGCUGGUGCAGCCAGUUCAAACGGUGCUGCCAGCACCGACAGUGUCGCCAUCAUCAUCAGCAGCAACAACAACAGCAGCAGCAGCAGCUGCAACAUCAACUGCUGCUGUGGCAACAGCUGCUCGACCUGUAACGCCCGUCAUCAAUUUGGAUCUGUCCAAUGUGAUGGCCAAUUGCUCCAGCACCACGAGCAGCAACAGCUCGGCAUCGUUGUCCUUUGGCAGUCCAACGACUACGCAGAAAACCAUGCCACUGGCCUCCACGCCCAAGCAAACGCCAGCAACAUCGCAGCAGCAACAACAUCAGACCUUGCCGCAACGCACGCAGUCGCUGAUCAUGCAGCCGCCUACCAUAUCUAUACCGGAUCAAGCGCCACAUUUUGUGGUGCCACACUUGAUAUUGUCGCCGCAGCAGCAACACCAACAUCAACAACAACAGCAGCAGCAGCAGCAACAACAACAACACCAACAGCAAGCACCACCUGGCGCCUAUCUAAUGGGCAUGCGUGCGCCCUCGCCGCAUAGUCCGCUGUUGUCGCCGGGACGUGGCGCGCCUAAUCGCCAGCAUAGUCCUGCGGCUCGCCCCAUAGUGCCAGCACAGCAGCAACAGCAACAUCCGCUUUUGGCCUCGCCUACAGGUAACAGCAAUAUGAACAUGAGUCCGCUGCCUAGUCCCACAGCGCGUGGAGUUGCAACAACAACAACAACAACAUCGCCCACGACCAGUGGCAAAAUGCCAACACCUAACAGUUACCUUCCACGCCCACCGCUACAUCAGCAACAACAACAACAGCAACAGCAGCAGCCGCAGCAGCAACACCAGCAGCAGCCUUCACCCGGCAGCAUGCCCAAGUCUGUCAUUGAGCUGCAAGCGGGCGUAGCAGUUGCUGCUGGACAGGGACCACAAUUGUUGCCAUUGCCAUUGCAGAAGAUGCCGCCGUUGCCCGUGUCGCACCACCCGACAAUCAUUAGCAAAGUGGUUACUGUGCAGCCACAGCAGGCAAUACAAACGCAAGUGGCUAGCUCGCCGCCCAUGGGCAGCUUGCCGCCGCACAAGAAUUUGCAUGUAAAUGCCCAGCAACAACAACAGCAGCAGCAGCAACAACUUUCUCCACAAAUGUUGUCCAAGAUGAACGUGCAUCAGCAGCAGCAGCAGCAGCAACAACAGCAUCAACAGCAGCAGCAUCAGCAACAUAUGCAGAAGUACAUGCAGGCACAACAGCAGCAAAUGUUAGACCGCAAGCCACAGCGGCAGCAGCAUGUGCCGCAACAGCAUCAACAGAUGCAUCAGCAACAGCAGCCGCAACAGCAGCAGCAGCAGCAGGCACACCCGCAACAGCAACACUUGCAACAGCAAAUGCAACAUCCGCCGUUGUCACCGGGUCAACAUCAUGCUCAUCCUAUGCAACAGCAGCAGCAGCAGCAGCAUCAACAACAUCAAGCACGGCAGCAAUAUCAGGCGCAACAGCAGCAACAUCAACAGCAGCUGCAACACCAACACCAGCAGCAAAUGCAACAACAGCAACAACAACAACAACAGCAACAGCUACACAUACAAAAACUACAACAACAAUUGCACACAGCGCAUCAGCAACAGCCGCUGACGCACUUGACACCGCAGCCGCCUGUGUUUGCACAGCAACAGCAACAACAGCAGCAGCAGCAGUUGCCACGCAACGUGCAACAACAGCUGAGCCCAACUGGCAUCAAUCCAAGCGCACACAGCUCGCAUAGUCCACAGGCGCAGCAACAGCAGCAACUGCAUCCCGCAGCAAUACUGGUGCGUGCGCCCGCACAACAGCAACAGCAACAGCAACACCAACAGCAGCCACAGCAGCAGCAACAACAACAACAACAACAGCAAUCGCUUAAUGUUAUACAAAGCGCGCCAGCACAGAAAAUUAUUGUGCAACAGCAAAUUGUGCCUGCGCCAACAGCAUCUUUACACUAUCCGCCGCCACCUAAAGAGACGGCGGCCGCUGUAGAAGCAGCCGCGUUGCCGUUAAAGACGUCGGAGAGUGUUUCUGUAAUACGUACGCCCACGCCCACCAUAAGCCUGGCCAACUCUCCGCAGGCAACAAAGGUUGCAGCAGCAGCGGCGGCAGCAGCUGCAGCAGCUGCUUCACUGCUGACCGAGGAGAAUGUAAUCAAGAUCUCGCAGCCCAAGCAGGAUGAGCUAAUCGAGCAGGACUCGAAGGAGGUGGACAGCGACUACUGGUCUGCCAAGGAGGUGAACAUUGAUAGCGUCAUCAAGAAGCUUGAUCCGGCGACAGCAGCUGCAGCAGCAGCAGCAGCCGCCAUCAAGGAGGACAAUCACAGCAAACGAGCAGCAACACAAUUGCAGCAGCAGCAGCAGCAGCAACCACAACAACAGCAACCAGCUGCAGCUGAGUUGCCCACAGCUGAGGCAACGCCUGCAUUGGCCACUGAGCCGCCAGCAAUAGCAACAGCAGCUGCAGCAACAGCUGCUGCCAAUGUGAGCUCCAAUGAUCAUGAUACCGAGGAUGAAACCGAGACGCGUCAGCUGACAGUGAAAGCUCUAAAGCAACUGGGUCGACCGCCAAGCUCGCGUGGAACUACUGCCAAGCGUGGACGUCAGCCACGCGGCGCCAAGGCCAAACAGGCUGUCGUAUUGCCACCAGCCAGCACGGAGCCAAGUCCGUUACUGUCGCCGGGCGACAAUGGCAUGCAUACACGUCUGCGCAAACCCGUAACGGCGCCAGUGACGCGCGGACGCAAGGGUAGACCGCCGCGUAAUUUGUUGCUACAGCAGCAGCAGCUGCAGCAGCAGCAGCUGGCACAGCAGCAGCAGCAGCAGCAGCAGCAGCUUACACAGCAGCAGAAGGAGCUCGUUACGCCUGCAGUGGUGACAAUGCCUGUGCCCACAGCCGCUGAGAAGAAGGCCAGAAACCAGGCAUUGACGCAAGCCAGCGGCUCUAGUCAGGAUAUUUACGAGUUCCAUGACGACGUUGGCGAUGCAGAGCCAAAGGUAAAGGCAGCUCCAGUUGCUGUCACAGCGGCAGCAGCUGCAGCUGAUGACACACGACCACGGCUCAUACUGACCAUCAACAAGCUGAAGAAUAGCAGCGAACUGGAGACUCCAGCGGAGGCGCCGCAGCCACAACAGCAGCAGCAGCAGCAGCAACAACCGCAGCUGGAACACAACACGGACAGCUCGGAGUCGUGCAAUACGCGCAAGUCGCGGCGUCUGCAAGAGAAGGAGGAUCGCAGCACUGUGGACGACAUUAUCGAGGAUGUAGUGCGCAACACCAAUACACAACAGCAGCAGCAACUUCAGCAGCAAUUGCAACAGCAACAGCAACCGCAGCAGCAACAAUUGCCCAAGGGUGCACAAACGCCACCUCGACGCUCUGGUCGCCAUGCCCAGGCUAAGAAGACAGAUGCUGUACAAACGCCCAAUGCUGUGGGCAGACCUCGACGCUCCAAGGAACGCAAAACCAUUUGUGAGCCACCAGCUGGCUUGCAAGAGGAACCGCAGCCACUCUUGCUGCCACCGCCCGUGGCAGCACCAGCAGCAGUGCCAGCUCCAGCAACAACACCAGCAGCUGUUGUUGUUGAACCGCCAGUGCCUAUGCAACAGCAACAGCAACAGGUGCAGCAACAGCAACCACAACAGCCAGCUGCUUCACACAUUACCCAUGUGCCGGAGGUUAAGGAAACACCGCCAGCUCCACCCGUGCAGGCAAUCGCACCAGCAGCUACAGAGCCAGUGCCAGUGCCACUGCCAGUGCCACUGCCACUGCCACCUGUUGUGCUAUCGAAGCCAACGCCGCAGCAUCCUAAGAAGAAGGCGAUUGCAGCAGCCGAAAUUGAAUCCUACCAGGCCAUCAAUUCGUCUAUGCCGCCCAUGCAUCAAACCGCCGCACCGGCGGCCACACAGAAGAUCACAGGCGGCGCCGCAGAUGCGGUUAGCAAAGCUCUAAUUGAUCCGGUUACGGGCGUCAUUACGGCGGGCAUGCCGCAGGGCAAGGAGGGCAAUUUGCCGGCUGCCAAUGCAGCGGCACCUGCCAACAGCAGCAAUGAGGUAGCGCCACUGCAGCAGCAGCAACAGCAACAUCAGCAGCAGCAACAGCAAAUGCAGCAGCAACAACAACAGCAGCAACUGCAAAUCAGCGCCACGGUCAUAGCGCCUGCCACGCCCAUAACAACACUGAGCAAGCCCGUGCAGUUGCAAGUGCAAGAGGCAGCAGCAACAUUGCUCAACAAACCGGUCAGUGUGCUAGUGAAGAGUAAUGCCACGCCUGCACAACCCACACAGAUCAUACUGCAGCAGCAGCAACAACAACAACAACAACAACAGCAGCAGCUGCAGCAGCUACCCCCGCAGCAACUACAACAACAACAACAGCAACAUGUUCAAGCCAAUAAGCAGCCGCUGGUGAUGACAACUGUGUUGCAGCACGCACAGCACACAACGGUGCGUCCACCGCAACCACUGAAAGCGCACGUGCUCAAUCGCGAGAAAAAUCUGCAACAACAGCAGCAGCAGCAACAACAACAGCAGCAGCAGCAAUUGACGCCCAACAAACAGCAUCAGCAGCCACCACAUCCAGGUCAUAUGUUGCUCACAGAUGCUGCGGGCAAUCAACAACUGUUGCAGCCAAAUCUGAUAGCGCGUCACAUGCUCGGCCAACAGCAACAGGCGCAGCAACAGCAGGGACAACAGCAACAACAUUUGUUGGUCAAUAUACCACCGCCAACAGCGCAUUCGCCACACUCGCCGCGCAUUACAGCAGCACAGCAUGCGCAGCAGCAGCAGCAGCAGCCACCAAAUGGACCUCAACAGCAGCAGCAGCAGCAGCAACAGACGCUGGUCAUCAAGCAGGCCACAGCAACAACACCAACUGUGCAUCCACAAAUACUGCAUGUGGUUAGCUCGAAGGCUUCAGUGUUGCCCCCCACACAACAACAGCAACAACCGCCGCAGUUGUUGGCGAAACAGAACUUUGGCUAUGCUCAGCAAGCGCCAGCACAACAACAACAGCAGCAGCAACAACCACAGCAACUGUACAAGCAGAAGACCGCGCAGCCAGUGGUGCAAAUGCCACCGCACAAUCUGUUGUUGCCCGCACAUGCUAGUUUGCUGUUGCAGCCCAAGCCAGCGGUGCAUUUGCAGCCGCAACAACAUCAACUGACACCGUCGCCACCACCAAACAAGCCCAUUUCAGUGGUGCACAGCCUACAGGCCGUGAGCCAAAUGUUGCCCGGCAGCGUGGGCAGUCCGCCACCAAUGAAACCAGGGCAGCAACAACCGAACACGGCAGCAGUUUUGCGUACGGCCAUACCAAACAUCAGUCCGCAAGGACAGCCCCGCGUCUCGCCGCUGGUAUUGCCGCCAGGCAUGCCAGGCGUGCCACCCUUCGAUGCCAGCCUGCAUGAUUUGGGUGCUUAUGUCAGCGGUCGGCGCACACAGAGUCCACCGCCAGCGCAUCAGCAGGCAUCGCCCAUAACACCGAACGAUACGGCUUAUCGUGGUAUGACUGCAAUGCUAUAUCAGCAUCACAUGAUGCGCAGCGGAGACUAUGAUGAUAAGAUAAUCAGCAGCAGUCCGCCAUUGGAGUUGCGUCGUCCAGGCAGUGGGCCACCACGCACCAUAGCCGUGCCGCACAGUCUUCAAAGUCCACAGGAUCGCACCGCAGCGGACUCCCCGCAAAUGGCCCAAGUCUAUGUGCACAAUGCUCGCAUACCGCACGCCCACUUCAGCGAGAUGGCCACACGUGGCGGCUACUAUGAGAGUGGAGGCAUGCAGCUAGAGCCACCGCCAGCACAUCGUGCGGCUGCCUCGAUAAGUGUGGUGGUGCCACCACCGCCUAGCGUUGCUAGCGGCAGUCCGUAUAUCAGUGGCGGUGCCUCUGUCUCGGUGUCCGUGCAGCCAGCUCCACAUAGUCUACAUCCCAGCCAAGCCAAGUUGUUGGAGCGUGAGCGUGAGCAGCGUGAACGCGAAAGGGAGAACGAGCGCCUGUCCAUGGUAGCAGCAGUUGCCAAACAACAGCAGGAACAUCUGUCCGCCUCUGUUAUGCACGGCGGCAUGGAGCUGCCUGCGCAGCCACCACCAGCCGCUAUGGCACCACCGCCGGGUGACUCACUGGUCACACUGCUGCAACGCUAUCCGGUCAUGUGGCAAGGCCUGCUGGCCUUAAAGACCGAUCAGGCGGCUGUUCAGAUGCACUUUGUGCACGGCAAUCCAAACGUGGCGCGCGCCUCGCUGCCCAGCAUGGCCGAGAGCACAACGCCCCAAUUGCGCAUUGCGCAGCGUAUGCGACUCGAACAGACGCAACUGGAGGGCGUGGCCAAGAAGAUGCAGGUGGACAAAGAACACUGUAUGCUGUUGGCGUUGCCAUGUGGACGCGAUCAUGCAGAUGUUUUGCAGCAUUCGCGUAAUCUGCAGACUGGCUUCAUUACAUAUCUGCAGCAAAAAAUGGCCGCCGGAAUUGUGAACAUACCUGUGCCGGGAAGUGAUCAGGCAGCAUACGUGGUGCACAUAUUCCCCGCCUGCGAUUUUGCCAAUGAGAAUCUGGAGCGUGCUGCGCCCGAUCUCAAAAAUCGUGUUGCCGAACUGGCCCAUCUAUUGAUAGUCAUUGCCACCGUCUAAGUAAACGGAAGCAUUCAUCCUCUGAUCUGCACACAAAAAACACAAAUGUGACUAUUAAAAACAAUCUGACACGUCUAUUGAAAACCAACUGCUAAAACAACAACAACUGAAAAGUAAAAACGCAUGUAAAGUAAACAACCAACCAAUACAACAACAAACAACUACCAACUACAACAAAGCAAAACAAGUUACGCUCUUCUAGUAUAUUAAGUAAUUUUAAAUAGCGUUUAAACAACACAAAAGUUUAAAAAAGCAAAACUAAAAACUAAAAAAAAAAAC